UGUUUUUUUUAUAUAUAUAUAUACUUUUUAACAUUUUGUUCAUAACAAUUAACAAAUCAUUCCAAUUUACAUCUAUUACAAGUGUGACAAUCCUGAAUUGUUGGACAAUAGCAUGGACAGUCAUUCUCACAUGGAUUUUCUUGGGCACAAAAUACUCGGUUCAUCAGUUUGUGGGUUCGGCUAUUUGUGUGGCCGGCCUCAGCCUAGUCUUCCUUUUUGAUGCAGGGGUGGUCAGUGGAGGUGGUUCGAUUCCUGUUUUGGGUGAUUGUCUUGUAAUUGCAGGCUCGUUUUUUUAUGCAAUAAACAAUGUUGGAGAG